AUGUCCGCCGACCCGAAUGCCCCAUCGGCUCUCGACCUUGAAGAUGAGCCAUACGAGUCCGCUGAGGAUGAAGAUUUCCAGCUCGACCCAGCUCAAGACGAGUCCGAGCUAUCCUCAUCCGAGGAUGAGGUUGCCGAACCCGCGAAGAAGAAGCGCAAGACCGAUAAGAAAGACGAGACUGUCGCAGACGAACUAGAUUCCGGCGACGAAGCCACGAUACAGAAAGCGCGGGAUAAACGGAAUAAACUCAAGAAGAAAAAGGGCAAGGGCAAGAAUGUGGCCGACGACGAGGAUAUUGAUUUCGACGAGGAUGAGGAAGGGGGAACUGGAGGUUUCGUACGGACACGCGCGAUGAAGAAACAUAUACAGGAAGAGGAGGACCGUAACCCGCUGGCUCGAAUCGACGGCGCCACGGUGGAUGUCGAUGCCCUGUGGGCGCAGAUGAACGCCCCCGAGAGUCAACUGGGCCUGCAAGCAUCCCAGAUCGAGGGCAAGGAUGAACCGGCUCCAGACGAAUCCGACCGUGUCGCCGAUACGAGCGCGCCAACGCAGCGUGCCCCAGAUCCGGAAGACAAUACGCGCCAUGGCCAACGCAAAGAACAAAUGGUGAAGAUCAAGCGCACAUACAAGUUUGCGGGUGAGAUGAUCACCGAGGAGAAAGUGGUUCCGAAGGACUCUGCCGAGGCGAAGGCCUUCCUGUCUAGCGGCGAGAAUGUGGAAUUCGCCGAGGUCGAGGAUGCCAAUGGCAUGAAUGGCACUGCCAACUUGCGCCGUCCUCUCCGGAAGGUCUCGCGAUUCGACCCCAACCCAACCGGCUUGAUCAAGAAGAGCUGGGAGAAACAGGCUAUUAUAGAGGGCGCGGCAGACGCAACCGGGCCCAAGAUCAACACCGUCGAGAAGUCCAGACUCGACUGGGCACAGUAUGUGGAUCAGGCUGGGAUCAAGGACGAACUGCGGACACACAGCAAAGCCAAGGAAGGAUAUAUGGGCCGUAUGGACUUUUUGGGUCGUAUGGAAUCCAAACGAGACGAGGAAGCCAGACAGGCCCGUCUCAAAGGCAUGUGA